GUUGCCAGAUUGGGCCAGAUUUCCCGCCCAAUCUUGCACUCUUGGCAACUCUUUGCGCCAGAUUAGGAGGGAAAUAUGACCCAAUCUGGCAACACCGUUCCCCAGGAAGAAGAGAAGCACUGGCAAGAGAAACAAGCAGCAAUGGCGGUGCAGAUCGCGAUACUGGACUGUGACCUGCUUCUCCACGGGCGAGGUCAUAAGACCAUGGACCGGUUUGACCUCGACUCGGUCUCCGACCAAUACCUCCUGACGACAUUCGGUUUCCCCAGAGAGUUCAUCCUCUAUCUGGUGGAGUUGUUGAGAGGGGUUCUGUGCCGCCGCACGCAGCGGUCUCGCGCCAUCAGCCCCGAGGUGCAGAUCCUGGCUGCGCUUGGCUUCUACACCUCGGGCUCCUUCCAGACCUCCAUGGGCGACGCCAUCGGCAUCAGCCAGGCCUCCAUGUCCCGCUGUGUGACCAACGUCACUCGGGCGCUGGUCAAGAAGGCCCCGCAGUUCAUCUCCUUCAACAGGGACGCCGGCACCAGGGAGCUGUCCGUCCAGGAGUUCCAGAGGGUGGCCGAGAUCCCGGGAGUCCACGGAGUGCUGGACUGUGUUCAGGUGGCGAUCAAGGCCCCCAACAGCGAGGACUCGUCCUACGUCAACCGGAGGGGCUUCCACUCGGUGGGCUGCCAGCUGGUGUGUGACGCCAGGGGGCUCCUGCUGAGUGCCGAGACCUGCUGGCCGGGGGGGCUGCAGGACGCCGAGGUCCUGGAGAGGUCCGCCGUGGGCCAGGCCAUGGAGACGGCCACCGAGGACGGCUGGCUCCUGGGUGGGACACAGCACCCCCUGAAGCGCUGGCUCCUCACCCCCGUGUCCCUCCCCUCGUCCCCCGGGGAGCUGCAGUACAACCUGGCCCACGCCGCCACCUGUGAGAUCGUGGACCGCACCUUCAGGGCCAUCCAGACGCGCUUCAGGUGCCUGGACGGAUCCAAGGGCUACCUGCAGUACUCUCCGGAGAAGAGCUCGUCCAUCCUGCUGGCGUGCUGCGUGCUCCACAACGCCUCGCUGCAGUCCGGCCUGGACGCCUGGACCCUGGAGCGGAGCGAGGCCCCGGAGCCCCCCGAGACCUACGCACACUGCCCCGGGGGCCCGGACCCCGAGACCGAGGACAGGCGGCGGGAACUCAUCGCCAAGCACUUUGGAUGAGAGUCUCUCUCUCUCUCUCUCUCUCUCUCUCUCUCUCUCUCUCUCUCUCUCUCUCUCUCUCUCUCUCUCGUGGAUGUUGGGGUUUGUGAGUCGUGAAUUGGGGUGUGGUAGCAAAUUCAGUCAGUGUGUAUGAGAAUGAGGGUGCUCUGUGUGUGUGUGUGUGUGUGGCAGGGGUGUUUUGGGGUUAGCUUGAUGUAACGGCUGGCUAUUAAAAGGUCUAAAAGGUG